GAACUGAGUACAAGUGGUGUUUUCAAAUAUACAUAUGUUUCUUGUGGUUUGCGCGGACACCACAUAUUUCUUCAGUAAUGGUACAAGGGUCUCCGACAGAUAACGGAGCCUGGAGAUGGGUUGUUGUUUUUGGUGCAUUUAUUUCUCACUUCAUAACUUGUGGCUUUGAGAAGGGAUAUUCGAUCAUUUAUGUCGAAAUCAUACGGGUAUACGGUACAAGUGCUGCGAUGGCAGCAAGUCUCGGAGGUUUCGCAUCAGCAGUUCGUUUACUAUUAGCCCCUUUGUCGGUUUCAUUGAGUAAUAUUUAUUCUGAACAGAAAGUAGUAAUGGCCGGUGGGAUACUAACGUUUCUGGGUCUGCUCAUAUCAGCAUUAAGUGACCAUUUCGCCCUUGUUUUCAUCGGAUAUGGAGUUAUAUUUGGUUUCGGAUUAACUCUCACAUUUACACCCUCACUAGUCAUAUGUACAUAUUACUUUCACGAACGUCGUGCUACCGCUCUCAGUCUUUCUCUGGCUGGAUGUGGCUUUGCCACAAUGAUUUUGCCGUAUUUUUUCUACUACUUGAUUUCUCAAUAUGGACUUUCUGGAGCUCUUAUAAUGCUUUCUGCGUUCAGUUUGCAUUAUUGUGUUGCUGGUGCUUUAUACUUCAAAAAGGACUUCGUAAAAGAGACUGCUGAAUCCAAAUUUGACUCAGAGAAUGACAAAUUGACUUGGCGCUCGCGAGUUUCCAGGUAUCUCUGCUUGCUAUUGAAGAUCAAAAUUGCAUCUGGAGUAUGGGUAAAGCUAUUUUUAUUUUCAUUCAUCUUGAACAUGAUGGGCUCAGGCCCAGUCACAACCCUAUUAAUCGAUUAUUCGAAGCAGCUAGGGGUAAUCGGCGCUCAGUCAGUACAAUUACUUGCUAUUGAAGGUACAGUACAGUUGGUGAUGCGGAUAGCUCUGGGAUUCAUUUUCGAUUACCGUUUCAUAAAACCUCAUAGAGGUAUUAUAUGGACUGGAGGAAUAGCAUUUUCUUCUGUAAUAAUUAUCUUUAUUGCAUUUGCCUCUCAAUUGAAGUAUUUGUCCGCUCUUAUGUUUUUGCGAGGGUUAUUUUUGGCUCUUUACAUCUCUCAGCAAGCUGUAGUUUUAUCGGAUUUAUGUGAAGGACAACCAGAAACAACGAGUCAAACAAUUGCUAUUGCACAAAUCUGCAAAGGAUUAGGAACGUUGAUUGGAUCUUACUUUUCUGGUCUAAUCAAAGAUUAUACUGAAGAUUAUCGUCCUGCCUUCAUUUUCCUUGGUAUAAUGCAAUUCAUUGGUUUUAUCACAGCGAUUACUUCUAUUUUGUGGGUGCGAAUAAAUUUACGUAAAGAAAAAUGUUUACUUGCUGCUGACAAUUUAUUAUCUAAUACUAGUGUUGCAAAUGUUUCAGAAGCUUCAUUAUCACAACCGGUGUUAAAUGAAAAUAAAACCUCAAAUAAUAAUCAACCUAGUCCUUCUUCAUCUCCUCUCUUUAUCCAUAAGGAGAUUAAUGAGACAAGUACACUUCAAAAUCCUAAAAUAUGAUAUUUUUUUGGUAAUAAGAUGUCUUCACUUCUUACACUAUUCAAGAUGGAGUAAUCAUUUAUCAACCUGAAACAGAUCUGUUUAUGUAUAUAAACAUUUUAUUUCUGUUUAUAACAAAGUGUUGUGUCAAUUUUAUAGAUUAUGCAGAGUAUUUCUUCAUUUUCGAACGUUAUUCUUACACUAUUACUCAACUAUUUGUUUAUUAUCUUUUUUCAUUUUCUCAUACCCGGUUAUCUUUAACCGAUAGUACCAUAUGUAUAUAUCCUUUAAUUUAUCGACAAAUCAACUGAUAAACAAUCUGAGCAAUUUUUCUUAUGAUGAACUAUCGUAUAACUAUUCAUUUCACUGAUUUUGUUUAUCCUUACAGGUGUAGUAACAUUGUACCAGAUGCAGUAACUGUACUGCUAAAAAACACUCAUCUAUUGACAAUUGAUGUCUGUUUUUUUCAUUAAAAGGUUAGUCUAUUAGGUAACGUGUCGCUAUCUAUUACCUCAAGCGUGUAAAAUAUGGACUAGCACUACGUAGAGAUUAUUACGUUGUCAACUUUUAUCGACUGAGAUGACGAUGAUGUAUGUUACCUACGUCUAUUGAGAUGCUCUUUCUUGACUAGCUUAAGAGUCUCUUGUAAAGAGAUUUAAAGGUGGUCACUUCAUAGUAACGAUUUCAGUCUAAAAAGUCACUGAAGACCAUCAUGAACUGUGUUUAGAAGAGAAAACACUCCUUGUGGUGUCAGCUAGCUAAUCGGAAUCUAUAUUUGGUAGCUUUAGAUAAUAUGGCUCAUAAUUGGUAAAAGUAAUGUAAAUUAAGGCUAAACCUCAAUCAUCAUCAUAUUAUUCUAUAUUUUAUUGAUUCUUUUUGACUUGCUUUCUUUCCUACUUUUAUCAAUUCAUCCCUGUUGAUAUUACUGUCCAUUCAUUGUUCAACUCGUUGUUAAUUUAUUCUUUUUAUGCUGAGAUGUAGUUUAGAACUUUUUAUCGACAAGUAUAUGGAUCAAUCUUUACAUUUGACGUCAAAUAAAGCUACUUCCGUAAGUCACACACACAGACACAAGGUGCUUAAGCAAAAGAACCUUAAAAACCAGCCUGUGCUUCAGACGAAACGUAUACCUUCUGUAUAAACUACUUUCAGCAGUGUGUAUGUAAAAGCUUGGAAACCAACACUUGGACAAUACUUACAAUGGCGCUUAUAAACCAUUAUUCAUACAAUGUUCAUUAGAGUUAAAGAUAUAUAUGUCUAAUCCUUUUAAUGUAAUUGUCUUCGUGAUGAUAAAUUUACGUUCCAAACUUUAUAUCGACUGAUUUCCUACUUCUACUUUGCGAUUGAAACCAAUUAUCUUUAUAUAUGCAGCUUAUAAUAUUUGUGUUAGCAGUUUUACAUGAACUAGAUUGUCAUCGUCCUGCUUGACCUAAGUUUUAUUUUAACUGACGUUCACUAGCAAGGCGCGACUCAGGUUUCAAGGGAACUGAUGUUUUUAUUGAGUUUAGAACCCUUUCACAGUCAGACUUUACUACUAAGUUACGAAUAAUUCCCUAAUGAAUCCAAAAUAGAAUGUAACCCAAGUCUAUGAGUUUCAGCCGAUCACUCCUAACAACUUGAUUGUAAACAAAGUUCAUUUAAUAUCCAAGUGUUUAGAUUAGUGACUACACUGCAGUAUAGUUAAUAGAACUUCAGCAAUACUAAGAGUUAUACGCUACGACAUUGGUUAUUAAUCAAUGAUCAACUAGUGUCUAUUUCUCAUUCUGAUACUUCUUGUUAUUGAUUCAGCUAAACUUCAUCCGUUAUUCAUAUAAAAUACUAUCAAAAAUUCUAUUACACUGUUCUGAAUACUUCUUUUAAAUACAAGAAUACCAUUUUGUAGAUUAA